AUGGCACUUCACGGUAACGAUCCCUCUCAGUUUACACGCGCCGAUGGUUGUACACCCGACAACCCUAUGCUAAAGGAUACAAAUUCUCUAUUUCAUAAUGUUGACCUUUCUUCUCAUAUGCCAACCUAUCCUGUGAAUUCUUACAGUCACAACGCGCAGUUACUUCUAAAAAAUCUCUCUCAUUGUGCUGGCCGGCCUGAUUUCUGUCUACCUUCAAGCUACCACGUGUUAGGUCACGAUAAUCAUUCUGAGGACAUUCAGCUUGGUGCCAUUGAGCAGUCACUUGACUUCGGACACCGCUCAGAUGUAUCUACCCAAGAUCUAUAUUCCGAACGCAGCCAGAGUUCUACUGGACAUGUCGUAAGAACGCGACGCCGAAAAGCUGGUGGUAUGGAGGAGGCACGAGUUUGUGUUGUAUGUGGCGAGCCGGCUUCCGGAUACAAUUUCGAUCGCCUGACCUGUGAAAGCUGCAAGGCUUUUUUUAGGAGAAACGCUUUAAAACCCAAGGAGAAGAUUAAGGCUUGUGGAAGAAACGGUGACUGCAACAUUGAAGGGAGCCAAAGAAAACACUGCCCUUCGUGUCGCCUCGAAAAGUGUCUAGCUGUUGGAAUGAAGAAAGAACUGAUCCUACAAGUCGAGUUGCUCUAUGCCUACCUCCCCCUGCUCUCACGUGUUCAAGUCCCUGAUGAUAAAAGGCCGGGUUCUGUACAGUUACGAGUUUCAUUCUCAUGCUAUCUGUCCGCACUUAUCUUCUUCCUGCAGCUCGCCUUUGAAUGGAGCAAACCGCCACUUUCUCUCCUCCUCUUCCUCCUCUUUCAUUAUCAAUCGGAAUCAUUCUCUAUUAAAAUGGCCAAAAAGGGCAGAAUUUUACUUACAGGACUAUUUUUUCGCCUCUUUAUUUCCUUUUCAUACCUGGGCAGUUCUCGACUCGCUAAAAAAACGACUCCUGUGGGUUAUAGUGCAAUCGCGGCCGACUUCAUUGCCCCGCCUCAGAAGUGUGCUCGUGAGGAAGCUGCUCGAAAAUCAGUCGGACAGUGCUCGAUCCGUAUUUUCUAA